AUGCCUCGCCAAGGACGCCAGCCAAAGCAGCUCCAGCAGCCCCAACGCGGCACACCAGCUUCCGCACCACCAGCUCCCUCCACCACCACCAAGCAGCCCAAGCCCGCGUCCCGCAAGGCCGCCGCCAAAGCCGCCCACAAGGCCGCCACCGCCGCCACUCCCGACACGAGCCUCGACGUCUACACCCACACCAACCGGGUACGCCGCGCCCGUGGCGACGUCGACCCGCUCGCGCGCGCCAGGUCGGGCCGUGCCGCCGCCGCAAAGGGCCGCAGCAGCGCCAAGGGCAAGGGUCGCGCCCAGCCCGCGAACGACGACGACGACGAGCUCGAGCUCGAGGGCGACGAGGAGGACGAGGAGGACGAUGACGAUGAGGACGAGGACGCGUCGGGUGGGUUCCGGGUCCGCGGCGACGAGGUCGUCGAGUUCACGGGGCUCAAGCCGGCCGGGUUCAAGCUCGGCAUGGACUCGGACGAGGACGAGGCGCGGUUCGUCGCGAGCGACGACAGCGACGAGGACAUUGACUCGGACCUCGCCGACGAGGAGGACGACGACGAGGGUCCGCUCGCCGGGCCGAGCAAGGGCCGCGCGGCGAGGGGCGGCAACAAGAAGGCGGCGGCGCGGCAGGACAAGGAGGUCGACCUCGACGAGGACGAGAUCGACUACGACGACGAGGAGGGCGAGGGGUGGAUGGACUUGACCGAGAUGCUCGAUGCCGGCGGGUACGCGUCCCAGGGCGACGACGACGACGAGUCGCAGUCGGGCUCGGACGCCGAGGAGGAGGACGAGGACGAGGACAUGUCGUCGGCGGCCGACGACGACGACGACGACGACGACGAGGCGGGCGCGCUCGACAAGCUCGACUCGUUCGUCGAGGGCCUCGACUCGAAGAAGCGCAAGGCGCGCGGCGACGGCGGCGACGACGACGGCGACGACGGCAACAAGAAGAAGAAGCGCGUCGUCCUCGCCGAGCGCACCGAGGCCUACCCCGAGGGCGAGUUUGUCGCCGUCAAGAACGACAACGGCAAGGUCGACCUCGACGACCUCCUCGCGUCCUUCACCGACUCGAAGAACCCGCGCCUCGCCGGCCUCAAGAAGUCGCUCAAGACGCUCGCGCCCUCGUCCUCGUCCGCCACCGCAGCCGCCGCCGCCGCCGCCAAGGUGACGACGACCAACUCGCACCUCAAGGGUUCGGGCCCGCUCGCCGCACCUCUGCCCGGUCGCCUGCAGGACAAGGUCGACCGCGAGGCGGCGUACGACCAGACCAAGGACGAGACGGACAAGUGGAACGAGACGGUGCGGCGCAUGAAGGGCCAGAGCGGGCUCGGCGCCGAGGGCGCCCGCCACGAGCGCUUGACGCUCCCGCUCAUGGGCGGCGAGGGCGACGUGCGGCGGGACCCGAACGCGCAAGAGUGGAGCGCCAAGUUCCAGCCGACCAAUGACCUCGAGGCGUCGGUCCAGUCGCUCCUCUCGACGGCGCAGAUGUCGCAGGCCGACCUGCAGCAGCAGGAGAAGGCGGCGCUCGCGACCCUCGACCCGGCCGACCUCGCCGCUCGUCAAGCCGACCUGCGCCGCCAGCGCGACCUCAUGUACCGCGCCGAGCGCAAGGCCAAGCGCGUCGCCAAGAUCAAGAGCAAGGCGUACCGGCGCAUCCACCGCAAGCAGCGCGAGCGCGACGGUGCCGGCGGCGGCGCCCACCUGUCGCUCGCCGACCUCGCCGAGCUCGACGCGAUCGACGGCGGUUCGCGCGUCGACGAGGAGCGCACGCGCCUCGAGCUGCAGCGCGCAAAGGAGCGCGUCACGCUCAAGCACUCGGGCAAGGGCGGCAGGUGGGCGCGCAAGGUGGACGGGCUCGACGGCCUCGACGAGGAGCGCAACGCGGCCAUCCGCGACAUGGUGACACGCCGCGACGAGCUGCGCAAGAAGAUUGCCGGCGUCGGCAGCGGCGACGACGAGCGCGACGAGUUUGCGUCGUCGGACGAGGACGAGGACGAUGACUCGAUGGCGUCGGGCGGCGAGGGCGAGGGCGACGAUGUCGAGGCGGUGCGGCGGCGCGCGUUCGACGAGCUCGCGGCGCUCGACGCCAAGGAGGCGGCGCUCAAGGCGGGCGACCCCAAGCUCAAGGGCGUCAUGAACAUGAAGUUUAUGCGCGACGCCAUGAGCCGCGCCGACCGCGACGUGCAGCGCGAGGAGGACGAGCUGCGGCAGCGCCUUGAGCAGCUCGACGAUAUGCGCGACGGAGCGGCGAACGGCGGCGGCGAGGAGGAGGACGAGGACGAGGGUGGUGGGGCGGCGCCCGUCUCGAUGUCGGAGCAGGUCGACGGCAACCUCGGGCGCAUGGUGUUCGGCCCGACGAGUGCUGCCGCCAAGCUCGCCUCGGCUCAGCCCGCCACCGCCAGCUCGUCUUCCACCUCGGGCCCGACGCUCAGCUCCGCCACGACGACCAAGCUCUCGGGCCCCGUCACCGUCGGCUCCACCACGACCACCUCGCGCACCGCCCGCGUCCGCCCUUCCCUGUCCAAUCCCGGCGCCUCCUCUACCGCCGCCGCCGACGACGACGACGCCGCCGAGUCGAACCCGUGGCUCGCGCUCGCCUCGGCCGACAGCGGCGCCGUCCUGUCGCGCAAGCUCAACAAAGCCGGGCACGGUAAGGACCACUCGAGCCUCGCCAAGUCGACGGCCAAGGCGGACCGUGCGCGCGCCAAGCAGGCCGACGCGCGCGAGGCCGAGCGCGACGACGCCCGGGUCGAGCUCGACCUCGGCGCCGAGGCGGCGCUCGCUGCGAGUGCGGGUGCCGGUCGUGCGGGAACGGGAGGGAAGAGGGGCAAGCAGGCGGCGAGGAAGGGCGACCGGCCGCAGGUCGGCGGGGCGCUCGCGGUGCCGGCGCAGCGCAUGGACGGCGACGCGACCGACUCGAGCGACGAGGAGCUCGACGAGGAGGAGAUGCAGGCGCAGAGGGGCAAAGGGCCGGCGGCGUUCCGCCAGCGCGAGCUCGUCAAGGAGGCGUUCGCCAACGAUGACGUGGUCGCUGACUUUGCCGAGGAGAAGCGCAAGGAGAUUGAGCGAGACGCGCCGCGCGAGGAGGACAACACGCUCCCGGGCUGGGGCGCAUGGGCGGGCAAGGGCGCCAAGAAGCAGAAGAACGCGCGCAAGUUUGUCACCAAGGUUGCCGGCGUCGACGCGGCCAAGCGCAAGGACGCCCAGCUCGGCCACGUCAUCAUCAGCGAGAAGAAGGACAAGAAGGUGGCCAAGUACAUGCUCAAGGACCUGCCGUUCCCGUACACGAGCGCGGCGCAGCACGAGCACAAGUUGGCGACGCCGCUCGGGCCCGAGUGGUCCACCUCGACGAUCCUCCGCGACCAGACGAUUCCGGCCGUCUUGGUCAAGCCGGGCGUCACGAUCCGCCCCGUCGACCGCAAGAUCUAGCCGCACUUGCAACUGAGCUCCCUCUCGUGCACGGUCCCC